AUGAGGUUCUCCUUUGACAGCUUUACAACUUCAUGGAUCCAGUUGGAAAAGGGUAUAGUCACAGGCUGCACAAUCUCUGUUGUCUUAUUUGUGAUGGGCAUGAAUAUGAUCAUAAAGGCAGCAGAAAGGGAGUCUAGGGGUCCAAAAACAAGCUCUGGAAUUAGUCUACCUUCAAACAGGGGAUUUAUGGAUGACAUGACAGUCACCACUGAGACACAUGUCCAAGCUAGGUGGAUUCUGAGAGCUCUGGAUGAGACUGCCACAUGGGCCCAUAUGACAUUCAAACCAAAGAAGUCCAGAUGCUUAGUGAUAAGGAAGGGGAAAGUCACUGAUAGAUUCAAACUCGAAAUACAGGGGGAAGAAAUCCCAUCCCUGGUCAACAACCCUAUCAAGUGCCUUGGCAAGUGGUUUGAUUCUACACUCACCGACAAGGGUAGUCAAGAGAGACUGAGGGAGCAGGUACACGAUGGUCUCCAGAAGAUAAGCAAGACUGAGCUUCCUGGGAAAUUCAAAGCCUGGAUGUUCCAGCAUGGUCUGCUUCCAAGACUUGUAUGGCCACUCAUGGUGUAUGAAGUACCAAUCAGCCUAAUCGAGACGCUAGAGCAAACUGUUAGCAAGUAUCUCAAAAGAUGGCUCGGCUUACCACCAUCUUUUACCAACAUUGGGUUGUAUGGCAAGUCGACAAAACUCCAGUUGCCAUUAACUGCGCUAACAGAGGAGUACAAGGUGACAAAAGCAAGACUCCUGCUCACCCUGAGGGAUUCCGCAGAUGAGAAGAUCAGUAAAGCGGGCAUAGACGUCAGAACAGGAAGAAAGUGGUCCGUACAGCAAGCAGUUGACCAGGCUGAAGCUAAUCUAAGGCACAGGGACAUAGUUGGUACAACAAACAUCGGGAGAGAAGGGUUUGGACAAAGACAUCAGCAACGCUGGGAACAGGCAAACAGGCUGGAAAAAAGGUCCAUGGUUCAGAAAGAGAUUCGGAGAAGUGAGGAUCAAGCUAGGUCUGCAAGAUCCAUGCAGAUGCCAGUGCAGUGUGCAUGGACAAAAUGGACCGUUCCAGAAAGAACACUUACCUGGCAGGAGUUGUGGAAGUAUGAACCACUUCAACUCAGCUUCCUUCUUCGGUCAGUGUAUGACCUACUUCCAACACCAGCAAAUCUCCACAGGUGGAAGCUUGCAGAUGACCAAAACUGCCCACUGUGCAAUGGAAGGGGCAGCCUCCAGCACACUCUCUCAUCCUGUAAAACUGCGUUGACACAGGGACGUUACCGCUGGCGCCAUGACCAAGUCUUGCGCGAGCUGGCAGAUACCUUGGAAAGGGAGAGAAAGAAACCACGAACUCCCAAGAAAGGACCCCAGUUCAUCCCAUUUGUUAAGGAAGGAGGGAAGAAGACCACAACCACUAGCACAUCUGGCCUGCUAGAUGAAGCCAGAAGUUGGGAAGUGCGUGUGGAUCUGGGAAGGAAGCUGGUGUUUCCGGACAUCAUACAAACAAACCUACGUCCAGACAUUGUGCUGUGGUCACAGUCUCCAAAGAAGGUGAUACUGGUGGAACUGACUGUGCCCUGGGAGGAGAGAACAGAAGAAGCAUAUGAACGCAAGUCAGCCAAGUACCAAGACCUGGCAGAUGCCUGCAACGAAGCGGGAUGGAAAACACACCUUUCCCGGUAG